AUGAACGAGGCCUUUACCGGACUUGCUGAAGAAAAACGAAAGCUCCCGGAGGAAUUUAUCAUUCCCAAGAAGAAAGCCCGUCGUCGAGUGUCUGACACUUCUUCAGAUGAGGCUGAAAAAUAUUUUAUUGCCAUGGCUAAUGUUAAUCGGCCAAAGUCCUAUAAAGUUCCAGAUAAGGAAAAUACAAACCGCUCCCAACUUGACGAAGGUCAAGGUGACGGGGGUGCCAGUAGUAGUUUCGAUAGUUUUCUUGACAACGUUGAAGACGAGCUACAACUUUGCUCUAAAUCAGGACAGAAAAUCAAUGAUAAAUUAGCCAAGUUUGUCACUAAACGAUUCGAGACACGACUAUCAUUCGACAAACUCAAAGAACGAAUUGAUAAAUACAGUAUACCCCGUAAUUGCGAGGGUGUUUAUGUGCCUGAGGUAAAUUUACCAAUCAAGUCGAAGCUCAACCGUUUUAUCAGAGGUUUGGAUACUUGCACUUCUAAUAUACAGAGAACAAUUGUUACGGCAAGCUCUGCUGUCAUUGAGUGUCUGGAAUUAGUAUCUUCAAAUAUGGUCGCUAUGAAUGGUGCUCCUGAACUUGUCUCAAAACUGACAGAUGCUGUGAGUAUGUUGGGGCAUGCCAAUUAUGACAUUUCUUUGAGAAGAAGAGAAUACCUUCGGCCUUACAUUCAAGAUGAUUACAAGCCAUUAUGUGGACAUAUGGUUCCUGUAACCAAACUACUUUUUGGAGACGAUCUUCAAAAAGAAAUGAAAGAAGUUCGUGAAACGAAUUUGAUAGCAAAAACUGUCAACAAAUCUAUGGGAAAUUACUCCUCCUACAACCAUAAUCGAUUCGACAAUAGUAAAAGUCAUCAUGGUGCCAGUGGUGGAUAUCAGAAAUACCCUUUUCGCGAAAGAGGUUUAAUGACAUCCAGUUUCCCUGGAACUAUAUAUGGGGUAUUGUAUUACAGAGAUUUAGAAAAUGAGAAAACUGUAGCUUUGAAACAUAAUAAAGGUAAUUUCGAAGCAUCUAUAAUUCUUGGAUCACUAGCCAAAAAAGAAUUAACUUGUAUUCCUACGUUUACAGUUCCAAUCGGGUAUAGCAUAGUAGAAAAACCAUUUCAAACAACAUAUCUACCAAUUAAUUCAACAGGGAUCAAAGAAAUCAAUUUAGAUGUAAAAGACGGACGUGGAAGAUAUUUAUAUCUUGGUGAAGAAGAAAUAUGUAUUCAAUUACACGUUUCCUCAUUUUCAUCCAAAAGUAUGUAA